UUUAUGUUGGUUGCACUUGAAGUUGGUAUUUGCCAAGAGCCUGCCAUUUUGUAAGAUAGAAGGGAGAUAAAAAAUAGUUUUAUGGUGUUAAAAUUUUACAAAAACUUCGUUGCCAUUUAUAUUAAGGCCCAAAACAAAUGUUUAAAUGGACGCAUCGUCCAUUAUAACUCAGGUGUCUCGGGAUGACGAGCAAUUAAACAAUUAUGGAUCCGACAGAGGGUCAUCCCCUGGCGGGCAGCAGAGUGAAGGCGAUGGCACACCAGUGUCGUCGACACCCCUGGGCAGUAAGAAGUCUGGGGGUGGUGGAUUCCUGCGGUCGCUACUGUGCUGUUGGCGCGGUGGCCGCGGGAAGGGCCCCCCUGGCAAUGGCACGAACAGUGUGGAUGGCAGGGCUUCGCCGCCCCUGCUCAUCAUGGCAGACCAUGCUCCCCGACCACUGUUACCACCAAUUAGACACCAGGAUAUGCAUAAAAAGUGUAUGGUGAUAGACCUGGAUGAGACGUUAGUGCACAGCUCUUUCAAGCCAAUAAACAACGCGGACUUCGUCGUACCGGUCGAAAUUGACGGCUCCGUGCACCAAGUGUACGUCCUCAAGCGACCGCACGUCGACGAGUUCCUGCGGCGGUGCGGCGAGCUGUACGAGUGCGUGCUGUUCACCGCCUCGCUCGCCAAGUACGCGGAUCCCGUGGCCGAUCUUCUCGACAGAUGGGGCGUGUUUCGAGCACGCUUGUUCCGGGACAGCUGCGUGUUCCACCGUGGCAACUACGUGAAGGACCUCAACAGCCUGGGCCGAGAUCUACGGCGCGUCGUUAUAGUCGACAACUCGCCCGCCUCCUACAUAUUCCACCCGGAUAACGCGGUACCCGUCGCGUCGUGGUUCGACGACAUGACAGACUCAGAACUGUUGGACUUGAUACCGUUUUUCGAGAAACUGAGCAAGGUGGACAGUGUAUACACAGUGUUGCGCAAUUCUAACCACCCGUACAAUCCCACGCAGAACAACUCGCCUAGUACAUAGCCCGGCCCGCCGGCGCGCCGCGCCCGCAAGGAGCGGCGGCGCGAGCGCGAUGCUCGGGAUGCGCGAGUGAUGCGCGAGCUGCGCGGCAUGCGCAUGCAAGUGCGCGAGUGGCGCGCGCGAGCUCGCGACGACGCGACGCUCGAGCUCGCGAGUCUCGAGCUCGCGGCCCCGGACCCGCCAGCGCCGUACACCUUCCUCGAAACACUCAUUAAGAAAGGAGCGAAUUUCGUCUUAAGUGCCAAUUUUGCCUUCUGGAUAGUAAGGACGUUAUUUGUACCUAUUUUACAGUUUAGGUAUUUCUUAGUGCGUAAGUGGUCAGUAUGAUGGAUUUGUGAUGUUUCUAUAUAUAUUUUUCACAGGUUUAUUUGACUCGCUGUUGAGCUUGCGGUAUUAUGUGCGUGUUCUUAUGUAAUCCGACUGUAUUUCGGAGUUGACUUAUAAAUAAAAAUGUCUUAAAGUACGCAUUCGGGUUACCAAUACUAACAAUAAAUGAAUUUGCAAUUUUUUUUCCAAAGACAACCCUUUUUAUAUCGUGCUUGGGAUCAAAUAUAAAUAAGUUAGAUAUUUUUACCUAAAACGUCUUAGCGGUGAUCAUUCAUUAAAAAAUAUUUUACAAUAUUUCAAUUAUACUAUAGAUUGUAUCUUUGACUCUAAAUGAAAUCUGAAUCGAUGGACUUUUACAUAAUCGCUUAUCUCAAAAUCGAUUUAUUCCCGUACUGGACAAUUGUAAAUAUUAAAAAAAAUUUAUACUACAGCUGAUAGCUUCAAUCAUAUAGGUAUAUCGGAAUCAUGGUAGUGUACAUAUAGUUAAAUGAAAUAAUAUAAGCCAGACAGAAAUGCACUUAAGGUGAAUUUAAUCGCACUAUCCGAGGUCGAUGUCGCAGUCAAAAAUAAAAUAAAACAAUAUACAUGAAUUAUUUUAAAUAAUUAUUUUACUUAUAGCUUACAAAAUUGACUCUUCCAAUAAUUUGACAUACAAAUUAUAAUUUUAAAUUAUUUUAUAGCUUAAUUUUACUACGUAAAAUAAAAAUGUUUACCCAAUUGGAGCACUUAGUGUUACACAGCCUGCGUAAGGUUUGUGCACAUUAGACGUAAUUUUGUAACGUAUUGUUACUAUAGGUGUAUAUUUAUUGUGUACAUACCUUGGUGUUUACCGUUUAGGCACUACGGACUUAUCUUUAACGGCCCUCCGUAAGUCCCCGCGUACUUGUACAAGUACAAAUUCAAUUCGUGUUUUGAACUAUUAUAGUAGUAAAUGAAAUUUCGAAAUUCGAAAGCGUAAAAAUUGGCUUAGUUCUUACGGGCUUAAGGCAAAUGAACCUUCGAACACCUGUUAGAAUCCACCUAGAUAAGAGAAUUUAAUUUCAAUUAUAUGCAAAACACUGUAGCCCUUUCUGAUUACUUGUAAUAAGGUCUCAAAUGUUUUCGAGAUACGUAGCUGAAGAUAAGUUGGUGGUGUCACACAGUUCCCAAUGCAUUGACGACAAUAAACGUCAUUCGAGUGUCAUACAAAUCAUUUUAAUGUAAUGUAUUGAAUAUGUUUAUAUUGAACACGGGUGGUCAGUUCAAUUUGGCAUCUUAAUGUAUUAACUCUGCUCUCAUGUAAGUCUUUAGCUACUUCUAAAUUCGACUUAUGUCUGAAUGAAUAAAUGAUAUUCACGUUCUAUGAGAGCAGAACACUGCACGUAUUUUUAUGUCAUCUCAGUAUUAACCUAGUGUAAUAAUCGAUGCCAUAAAACAAUGAAUGGAAGUUAUACGCAUACUUAUAUCAUCAUAAUUAUAUAAUACUACCUGUUAAUCUCCCGAUCGCGUGUCACUAGAAAAUGUGAAUAAUUAUUAUGUACUACAAUGAUUGCUUUCGCAAUAUAGUUGAUUUUGAUACGAGCUUGUGGUUAACAGUGUUAUAAAUAUCGACUGUCUAAAUUUAAACUUAACUUUAAUAGUGGAAUAUGAUUAUUUGCAACAAGAAAUCAUGCGUGGUUGGGCCAAGAGUGGAUACUUUUUGGAGCGCUGGACAUUCGUACCCAAAAUAUACCUCCUUGACACAAGUUUAUAGUAUCUGACACAUACAGGCUAGCGUGCUAACGAGUAUUCGUAAUAGUCAUCGUUUCAUUUCUUGUUGUAAAUCGUGGCAUAACUAAAGUGACAUAGUGUAGACAUUUGACAUUGAUUUAUCAGAAGAAAUUAAUACUUGCAACUGUUUUAGCAUAUUGUUUUCGUCAAUAUACAGCUAUUUCGUAAAUUGACAUCCUUUAUAAGGUACAAUUAGUUCGUUAAGAUGCAUCUAAGACGUCAGAUAAAAACGUCAGGUAUCAACAAUUAAAUUACUUGUACUUUGUAUAGGACAUCAGAGAGAAAUUAAUUUUAUAGACAACGUAAUUACGUUAUUUAAUAUUGUCUAUAUUUUAGCACCGCGAGCUGUCCCUAAGACAUCCAACGCCAUACUGAACUAAUGACCUAUGCCUUUUUAAAAUAGAAAUAAAACGACUUAUAAAAAACUGUCCCAGAUCGCACUAAAUUCAAAAUUGUAACAUUUUUAUAAUGAUUCGAUUAAUUAGGUAAACAAAAUGGUGCUUUCAGUAUUAGUUGUGUAAGCGGCGACUAUAAGAGUUCUAUAGUACUAGAAACGCACAUUGGCUCUAAAUUGGUUCGAUUCGAUAAUUGCGGGCAGAGGUUGUGAACAAACCAUUUCAAAAGCAGUAGGUAAUUAAACAUUUUUACACACUUUAUUUAGAUAAUUGUCUACAAAGAUUAUUUUGAUUUCAUUCUCUUGAGUCUUUUCUGUUCUAUACAGGACGAAAUGCCGAAGAGAACUGAAAUAAAUUACAAACAAUCUUUUUGGAAUAAAGCUAUUACAUCUUUAUUAAUACUUCCCAUUCCUUUUGAAACUACAUAUGUAUCUACUAUUCUGUGAAAUCAUUUUCAUUUUGGCAUCAUGCCAUCUAUUUAUUGUUUUAUAUUAGUUGCUUAGCAAAAUGGUUUUAUUGGUUUUUAUGUAAUGUUUUUAAACAAUAUGAAUAUAUUAUUGUUUUAGUAGCGACAUAUUAAAAAGAGAAACGUAGGUCUUCUU